UCGAGGAUUUACGAAGCCGGAUUAAAGAAAUGAAAAAAGAAAGGAACGGAAAAGGUCCAUCUUUUUUUUUCUUUCUUUUCGUAAAAAUAAAAAAUCUAAUAAAUACGCACGCUGCCAAUGAGAAAAGAGAGUACUCGAACUCCCAUCGCAAUAAGAUCCUUCCUUCGCGUUGGUUUCUAUCUCUUUCUCCUUCGACCAGAGAGCUCGACCCUCGUGUAUCUCCUUUCUAAUUAAUAUUUAUGCGACCUUGUUGUCGUUGAAUAUACGAUAAACGGCACGCGAUAAAGCUCGAUAACAGAGGACUCCGUUUUACUACGUUGUCGAUAUACUACGUUACGUACCGUACACGGGCGUACGUAUGCAAGAUACGUACGUUUUCUCGACCACGAAUGUCUCUCCCUAUAAUGACGUCCGAAUCGAUCUGUCGAACCGAUUAAUCCGCAUUAUAAACAAAAUCACCGAUCUGCGCAGCGAAGAAAGAAUAGAGCAACAGACAGAGAGAAAGGUUCGAGGAUGUAGAAUAGACGUACGUUGUCUAUGGUUAAUCCAAACCGAAGGAACGUGACUUCGUUAAUUAUGAACGCAUGUUACGUGCUACCCCCCAAGGAGCGAGCUCCGGUCAACCAGUGGCAAUAACAUUGAAUUUCAUCUCCCCAUAUCGUCCGUGCUUCGACGUAAAAAUAUCAUCUAUUUCAAGUACGUAAUAUCGUAAACAAAUUUUUACGCUGAGAAAAAUAACUACGACUAAUAAGAUCUAUCGUCUGGUCUCAUUUGAUUCGAUCGUAUAAAAUAUAUUCGAAACAUGUCGAUAGAAGAAAUUGAUCACGAUCGUUUUUUCCUUUAAUCAUCUUUUUUUAUCAUUACAAGAUAUUGAAUAUUUGUUUUAUCAUUGCUUUAAGAAAAUUUAUUUCAAUAUAUUUUAAAAAGAGAGACCGCGCGAAAUGUUUUAUCGCGUUUCGUGACGCUUGCAUCGAUAGUGACAAGCACAUCUCCAUAGAAAUCCAUUUGCUAGGAUAUGGGAGAGACCGAUAUUCCUUGAUUCGAAGCAUCGACGAUUUUAGAGAGACACUUUCAAAGUUUUAUGAUGCGCCAGCUGGUAUAGCUCGAUUUUACUUUUCUCUCGGUCUCUAAGAAAAACAUUGAAAACACUCCGAGUUGCGAUAAAAGUUAUCCAAAGUUGACAACUUUUAUCGUACUUUUAUCAUUAUUAUUAUUAUAUUGUUAUCGUUGUCGUUGUUGUCAUUAUUAUUAUUAUUAUUAUUACUACCACUACUACUACUAUUAUUAUUAUUAUUAUAUAAAAGUUUCGAAACGCAGUCAUUCAGCGAUCUAGUAUAUCACACAAAGUAUAAAAUCGUCCUCAUAAAUCGCUUCAUAAGCGAAGCUCGAAAGAAUUUAUCCUCGAGGACACCGUUCAAUAGUUAUAGAGGGUAUUGCUCUGCUAUAAACCCAAAUACUAUUCCUGGUACGUUCCAAACUUAUUGUUAGGCUUUUACGCGCGUAGUAAACAAUCUUUCGUGUCAACGAACGGUCAUAGUCAUUAUCUUAUUUUUUCUUCGUAGAUUUUCUUUCUUCGUUAUUGCAUCGCAUGACUGUUUCUCUCUUUCUCUCUCUCUCUCUCUCUCACUCUCUCGCACUCGAUACCACUGUGCACGAUUCGCUAUGGAAUAUUUUCAAAGCGUUCUCCUAUUUACGAUUAAUUGCUCAGAAAGACGAGGUAGUAGUGGUUAGUAAAUCACAACCGCAAAUGCACGUGCACGAGUUCACCUUCUCUCUAUUGACCUACCCGAGUGACUACCGUUCGAAUCAAUGAAUGAAACGCUAUCUACGUCUAUACGCUUACAUUCGUGUGAUUCGAUCAUAAUAUGUAGUGGAAACCAAACAUCGUGAAUCAUCUUGAGAGUAUUUUGACAAGUUUGUGAAAAUUAACCAAAAAUAAAAGCUUUGUUAAAAACCUCGUACAUUUAUUAUUCACAAAUAAAAUUCGUUUGCAUUCAUGCAUACAUACAUACGCAUACAUAUAUAUACAUGUAUAUACGUAUAUACAAAUAUAUAUACAUACACACACGCGUACAUACACGCACGCACGCAUAUAAUGAAAAGAUCCAAUUUGUUGAACGGUUUAUCUCAUUUCUAGCAGUUGAUCCAGAUAAAGGAUUCGAAAGCUUAAAAUAUUUUUCCAUGGAAUCAUCCUUCUUCGGAUUGCGCCCAAGCAUCAAGUAAUUCCCUCUCAAAAAGGAUUUCGGGGUAGACUGAGAGAAAAGUAGGAUUGAAGAAGAAGGAUAAAGAGAGUAAGAGGAGAAGGAAAUGUCGAUUACGUAACUUCGUAGAGGAAAUAGACGCAGUGCAGGUGCUUUUCAAGGUUCUCCGACCUUUCCCCGAUGUUUCUUUCCGUUUCUUUCUUCUCCCUUAACUCUUCCCCGUUGCAAUCUUUUCUCUCGACGUAUCGUCCCUGAACAUGUGACGACCCCGAGAAAAAAAUCAAGUGGGUGGAUCGACGCGUGUUUCUUGCUACGAGUAACGUAAAUACCGUUACGAAGAAAAAUAGAAAAGAAAAGACGAAGCAAAAUAUCGUGGUUUAACGACAUAACGUUAUUAGGUAAUAACACUCGAUCGAUCGGCUAUCGCGUAAAAUUUCACUACGUACAACGCUCGUAUUCCCUUUGACGAGUACUAUUACAUGUCACCGAUACGUCAAAAAAAAAAAGAAAAGAAAAGAAAAAAGGAAAAGAAGAGAAAAGAGAAAAAGAGAAAAAUAGUUUUCAAAGUUCCAUAAUCUAUCGUUAACGAUUAGAAAACAUCCUUCGUUUUAUACGUAGGUUUAUACUUAGGUACGCAGAGACACGUAGAUGCGAAUUCAAUGCUCGAAUGAUGUUCGCCGUUGUACGAAGAACAAUAAUACAUCUAAAUGUACAUUCGCCACUUAAGAAAUGAAUAAUAUUAUUUCGGCCAGUGUAUCCAGGUCAAUUAAACAAAUAUCGCGUCGGAUUUAUACGAGCUUAUUUAUAAGAGCUCGUUAUGCUCGCUGCUGCUUUUCGCUUUAACUUGUGCUUUUUUGCGUAAGCCAUGCGUUAACCAUGUGUGUCAGGGCUAAAUCGGACGUAGUCCGUAAGCUUUGCACGUUGCCUACGGCCACGAUUAUCCCUUAGAUCGUUUUUCUCCUCUCUCUCUCUCUCUCUCAAUCUCUCUUCCCUUCGCGAGUUUCAGCAAGUUCGAGGAUGUAAUUAAUAAUGCAAUACUUUCAAAUUUACGACGUGCAGCGUGCCAUUCCGAGAUUCGCGCGAGUUGAAGGAGAAAAAAGUAUCUUGAAACCAAGAUCGAUCGACGGCGAAUGUUUAAUAUAAUAUUAUAGGGUUUGUUAGCUCCCUUUUAUCGCGAUCAUCGCACAAAGAGAAGUUUCAGGUGAGGGAAGAGAAAAUUGAAUUCGUUCUCUCAGAACGACAAAGAACGGGACUUUCUCCCUUUUUGUAUCGUCCGAUAUUCAAACGCCACACCCAACCCCGACGCAGCAUGUAAAUCGUAUUGAUCUAGGAGAGAACAGACGAAAGUAUCGCAGUUUAAGAGUAUUUACGCUUUAUACUGCCAACUCAAGAAACGAAUGAACGCCAGCCGUCGCGACCACUUUAUCAAUUGCCAUCGUCCUGGAAACAGAGAAAAAAAAGAAGCGAAAAAAAUAUUUGUACGCAAAAAGUAGCCAGAUGUUCGUGGCAAUUUGGUGCUCGGCCAAAUCGUUAGCAUUCCUCGUAGGCUCGAACGUCCUACGAUCCCAUACGCGCGAGCGCAAAAUCAUUCGCUCGACCGUGAUUGAUAAUAUUUAUAAACGUUCUUUCGAGUUUCGUCGAUCACUCGAUGUACGAAAAAAAUUGGAUAAAAAAUCUUUGCUCGAUAGCACUCGAGCAAAGGAUAUCCACGCGCUCGUAUUAACUGGAAAUUAGUAGGAGUUAACUAGGCGUCGAUUAUCGAUCCCGAUCAUCGGCGUCGAAACUUAACACCCUUCUCAAUCCCGGCAAAGUAGGUAAUCGAGUUCGAAUGGAUAUCGCGAUGAGAAAAUUUAGCGUUCGCCUCAUGACUGGCAACGAUUAAAUCGAUCGAUCUCCCACUCGUGCUUUUACGCCCACGGACGAAGCGAAAGAAAAAGUAAAAGAAACACUUUCUAUCUGAUACUUUGUAUAGAAGCGUAAGAACUGUAAAGAAAUAACGGACAUUUAUUCCGUUACCGCGAGGUCAUUUCAAUAAGAAAAAUCUAGGAGAAAUAGUAUCGGCAGACUUGGCAAAGUUAAAAGCGCCGUUCGAAGCUUCUUCGUCGCGAAAUCAACGGCGCGUGGGAAAAGGCAGGAGUUGACCGUGACCGGCGUAGACGACGCGUCAAAGUCGGAGCCAGAGACGAGACGGUGUCGAGUACAAGUGCAGGGUCAAAGCGACCGAGGCAAGUCGCCAACAAUUUUUCGGACCUUCGAACUCAUUUUUGUCCAUCGAGAUUCGGGUCCCUUCCUUGCUAUAGAUAAGCGCUCGAUUAUCAAGAAUCGUAAGUGAAAUUCAACGAUAGCGCACGAGAGAGAAUACAAUUCGUAAUUAUUCAUAAAUAAUAUCGUCAAAGAUUUGGAAAGAUUUUUCGUUUAAGGAUGCAAUCCGUUCGAUGGUUAUUUUUAAAUACGUAACGAAGCAACGGAGAUAAAGAGAGCGACGUAACGUUGUACCUUGAAGCGAAAUCAAUAUUUUGCGUAGCGGAAAGGUUCAACGCACGCGAGAGAACCCUUAAAUAUACCCUCAAGGUACCGCCGCGCCGAUGCGGGCUAUCUCCAUCGACCUAGAAAAAAAGCAUCGUCCCGCAUCUGCAAAGAGGGAACGUGUUUGUCGCGUUCGAGUAACACGCGUGCCCACGUUGCUCUUUCACUUUCGCGUUAUAAGACUAUUCUUAGGGGAAUCUUAAACGAGAGAAUUCUUUUGAUUUACCCAAGUACUUGGCACAAUGGGAAUAGGAGAGAGUCAACGAGUCGACGACGCGCGGCUCAUUUUCUUAUUACGAAGUUUAUAAAGCACUCUCAGGCCUCUUUUCUUUCUUCCGUAACAACGAGGAAGAGUCUGUCUCGAGAUAUACUGCGUACGUAUCCGGUUAGUUCUACGAAACAUCCGACCAUUUUAGGUCAACGAUGCCGAAACGGGAAUUCCUUAGGAAAUUCCACAAGGAUCGAUAUCCACGAAAGGCAGGAUUAAUUAACGUUUCGCGUUCUGGAUUCUGACCUUAACGAAUAAGUUAAACUUUAUUACUUUGUUAACUAGACUGCGAUCGGAACGCCGUCUUUCAAAUUUAUUUCAUCGUCCAUUUAUUUAUAGACAGUCAGUCGGUCAGAUGCUCGAGACGAAAGAGAGAAAGAGUAUCGACUACUCGUUAGCGCGCUAGAAUAUGAAUUUCACGUUUCGCGCUUUGCCAUUCCCCCACCCUCUUUUUUUCUUUUUUCUAUUCGCUCGAUACGUCGCAAUUUAUUGACACGUCGUCAGAAAAAUAUAUCCCCGCGUCAAAGGUAUCUCCAUAUUUCACGAUAAGGAUUCCAAUUCGAUUUCACGUUAGACCGAUAGAACAUGCCUGACAAAUCUGUCGAUCGAUUUGAAGCAUUGUUAGACUACUUCGCCGUACGAACAAGACGUUUCAAUCGAUAUCUAUCAACAUCCGAUAAAAACAAAAAACACAAACAGAAUGCAGUUGAGAAAGUUGGUUCGUUCAAGUUUAUCCAUAAGUACGAUCCGAUUAUUAUCCAGAGAUUAAACAAAACUCGCACCGAAGAAAACUUCGUUUUCCGAUUUUUCGCUCUAAUAAUGAUUCACCGAUAUUACAUUUUUCUUAGAAUUCCCCUGUGGACCAUCGCGUGGACCUCGACUUGCAACGAAAAGAUCAAAUUUAAAGUCUUUUCUCAAAGGAAUGAUUUCAAAAUAAUCGAUUUCAGAACAACAAUCGCAUUUCUCAACGUACUUGCUGCGUACCGCUGGCGAAAGACGUUUCUCCGGUUAUUUUCGAGCAGUUAUUAAACGUCAAACUGUCGAUUCUUAAGAGGCGCAUCAUCGACGAGUCAUCGAUAUUAGACAACUAGGUGUAUUAAGUAAUUUAUAAUGUUCGCCGAGAAACUCGAUCGAACUUUUCUCGUUUCUCGAAGCUUGUAGGACGUUAUAAUCGUUUAAAAGUUUCCACAAUGGCGAGAAACAUUUUCUAAAAUUAAAGUAGGUACUAACUACGUUCUACGACGCCAACUCAUCGGUACCGAACUGAUUAUUCAGAAAACUAUCGAAGUCGAAUGGAAAAAAAGAGACGCGAUCGUCCGUCGAUGAAAGUUUGUCCUCUUAAAGAUGAAAAAUAAUUAUACGACGCGUCGAUAGGUGUCCUUAAGCGAAAAAGAAAGGAACAACGCGAAGACGCUUGCGUGAAGAUCUUUGAAGAAAAAGAGAAAGAUUUUCCUCGGAGUUGCACAAAUCAUUUGCAAUAUCACCGCGUGACGUUGUACCGAAGAGAGUUGGCAAACAAAAUUCAAGGUUGAAAUCGAUUAUAUUCGAUUUAACCAAUGAUCUCAAAAUUACGAAGCGAGAAUCUUGACGAAAUGUAUCGAAGAAGUGUACCCUUCGGCGAGAGAGGUCGAGCAUAAAUUAUUAGCGAUAACGUAUUCAACUCUUAAACGGGUCGAUUUGGUAAACGGACUUUUUCCUUUCUGACAAGCGCCUAUCCACUCUGUUUUCAGCGGCGAACGUCGUUCGUUGACACCAGGGAGAAAAAAAAUCAUGGAUCGUGCGAAGAGUACGUCCGGGUGGAGUAACUUUCAGGUUUCAUCGAUUCCGACGUUUUCGCUGGCGACGGCAUGGCGUCAUACGGAAGACACGUUUACGAAGCCAACUUGACUUGAAAGACGCGUGGGCGAGAAAAGAAGGGACGCGCACACACGUGAAGAGGAGCGACCGUCUCGAAGGAGCGACAAUGUCAGCGAUCGCUACGGAGUCGCUGGCUAGCACCGUUGCCGAUGAAUCGACGACCGCUCUCGUACCGACGGUGACCAGGAUCGAUACCAGACUGGACGUCAGUCCGAUCUCGGUGGUACUCGCCGUCUCGAUAGUUUGCAUCCUCUCGCCGAUAACCGUCACGGGAAAUUCCAUCAUUUUAGCAGCCUUUUAUAGGUACAAGAGACUUAGAACGGCCUCGAACUACCUUCUCGUGUCCUUGGCCGUUAGUGAUUUUGGGGUCGGAGUGUUCAUGCCGUUUGGUAUGCAGCUAGAACUCUCUGGUCCGCCAGAAAACGGUACGUCGACGCUGUGCAUCCUUCCGUAUUGCAUCGUGAUCGCACUUUGCAGCGUGAGCGUGCUAGUUACGGUGGCGAUAGCGGUAGAUCGUUUGACGUCGUUGGCACAGCCAUUGAGAUAUAAGAACAUCAUCACUCACAGCAGCAUCGAAAAGUAUAUCGCCGUUUUUUGGAUCUACGCGAUCUGCGUUGGACUCUCGCCUUUGAUCUACGCUCGAAUCACGGGUCUGGCGGAAACGCAUAGCGGAGGUUGUAGGUUCGGAGCAGCCGUCUUGCCGCCUGUAAGAGUCUUCCUGGUCGUAGCAGUUUGGGCGCCGAGCGCUCUCGUACUUCUUGGUUGCUACGUGUACGUCUACCUGGUGGCACGCGCUCAUGCACGUGCCAUUUACACGGUAGAACUAUCGUUCCGGCAUCAAACGCAAACCAUGGCUUUGCCUCGCUACGGUCAAACGUUGGCCGUAACGGUCGGAGCCUUUUUCAUCCUUUGGCUUCCGUUUCAAACCUGCAUGCUGCUCGACAUCUUCUACGACACCAAUUUCCUUUCGGAAUGGGCGGUCGUGUGGUUGGGUCUGCCGAUUCUCUCUCACAGCGGAGCGAAUCCUUGGAUUUAUGCCUUUCAUCACGGUGAGAUGCGAACAGCGGCCGGAAAAAUAGCGGAGGACUUGGUCGCUUUGUUCGGCGUUACGCCUAGCCGAUACGGCGGAUGCUCGCCCGCGAGGCGCGCCUCGAAUACCAAUCUCGAGUUGGCCGAGGUGAACAACGGCAACGACCUUAGGAGACAACGCGUCGAAAAUUGCUUCGCGGCCAAGCGACGGAGCAGCAACACCCUUUGCUCGAGCAAACGUUGCUUGGACGCGUCCGGAAGGCAGGCGGACAUUUCGCCGGAGAGAAACGAGGCCGAUCGUAGCUCGUCCUCGAAAUAUUAUCCGAACGAGAUAGUCGGGGAGGACAUCGAGGACCUGAGGAAAAUGUUGGAUCCGAAAUAUAUAAUAGAUCGGAAUCACGUCAUAGACUCGAAUCACAACGUCGACAAGAUCAAAAAUCUCAAGUACCUGCUCGAUCCGACGUUCGGCAAGAUAAGACACCUGAGACGUCUAAACCGCAAGAGACUCCUGAGCAAGAACUUUUCGAAGAAAUGGUCCGAGCCCAAGUUCAUAUCCUAUCAGAAUUUAAAUUCCGACUGCGGCUCUAACAGAAAAUUUCUUCGGUUCAACGCCAUGUCCGACUCGGCGUUGAACGCGAACAGUCCCGUCGUCGAGUGCCGAUCGAAGGACGUCGACGCGACGGCGAAGGACGCGGACACGGACGAGCGAGGAAAUUCGAAUCUAUCGUCGAUGUCCUAUCCGAACAUAAGGACGGCCAGCGGAAACGCGUCCGACGUCAACUCGAGAGCGUUCGCCGCUAACGAGAACGACGGUUCGGAGCUCGUUCACAGAUACUCCGUGCAGAAUUUAAGCGACGACGGAUUCGACGUACGACCCUCCACCGUCCCCCAGUUCUCGGAUCGACGUCGAGCCGAGGACCGAACGACGAGGAACGUUUAUUCGCGAGCCCGAGCGCGGGCACGAUUCGAUCUUGCCGGCAACACGGACGUACGUAUUCACAGCUACUCGUCCCUGUCCACGGCCGAAAACUCGGCGAAGCGCGGCCUCCUGGACGAUCCGAGGGGUAGAUUGUCGACGAAGAGCACGAACCUCGUCGGCAAGAAGCUACCCAAUCUGGCGUGUUUCGGGCCGAAACAACGCCGCGCGGCCCCGGAGGACCCGUCGAAGAAGGACAAACUCGAAACCGAGCCGUCGCCCCGUCGAUCCUCGCGAGCUAAUCGGACAACGAUACAACGAAUGAUACACUCGGAAUCGGUAAGUCGAAUCGAGCCAAGCCACGCGUUCUUCCGAAGUUCGAAGCUCGCCGAGGGAUUAACGAUUCCGAUUAUACACUCGGAACCGCCCAGUCCUUUGGAGCCGGCUCCUUUGUCAACGUCGCGAGAGGAACACCUCGAGGGUUUCAACGUCGGCCUCGCGACGUGGAACAAGGGCGAACUCGAGUCGAGUCGAAAUCGAAAGAGUCCCGUAAGACAUUCGGAUCCCACGUUGCCGUCGGUAUCGUUCCACGUCGAGGACUUUAGCGAGCCUCUCGAACCGACCGAUCUCUCGGGCAAGGAGACGCCGCCAGACGCAACCGAGAUACGACCGGAAACGACUGCGAGAGAACCGAAACGAUCGCUCGAAGCUAUUCUCGGAAAACGCUUGGGAAGAUCGAGGGACGAUAAAUCGGCCGAGCCGAUAUUCGGCGAGCACGACUCGACGAGAUUCGACUCGAGACGGCCGUCCGACUCGAAGUGGUCGGAAUCGUCGAAGAGCCAAGAAAUUCUGUCGCGCGUCAACGAGCGCCAAGCCGUUCCCUCGUCCUCUUACUCGGUGAACGACUUUCAAACGUGCAACAGCGGCAGCGACUUGAACGAUCCGACGUCCUUGGAUCCGUUCAUGUGUCCCGAGCCGCUGACCUCCUCGUUACGCGAAUCCUUCUUCGACGCACCCUCGGCGCCCGACUCGGACGUUUUCACGUCCUUCGAGGAAAACGACACGGCCGACUUUUCCUCGGGGACCGAUCCGAUCCGGAACGACUCGUCUCCCGUCUACAACUCCGUAUCCGCGAUCGACCUAAAGAGCCUCUCGAUCGCUUGCGAACAGAGCAAGUCGACCGAGUCCGUGUUUCGCGGCAAACGUACCGAGGACGGUUCUUGCGCGAUCUUACGUCUGGAAUCGUCGCCGUCGGUGCAUCGUGCCAUGAUUCGAGUGCGAUCGUACAAGGACGCGAGGAAAACGAUUCGUUUGGCCCCAUUGGCCGUACCGACUCCUACCGACCUUUCCACGCCCACCUUCGAGCUCGUCUCGGAAACGAAAACGGACGAGGCCGUAUUGGUCUAGUCUAGCGGACUGUAACCUUUAUACGACACGGCCGUACCACUGGCGCCUAUCGGCCAAAGAGAGGGCCAAGAGGAACGUCGAGACGCGUGCGUUUCUUCGAGGUUCUCGCGAUCGGAUUUCGCGAGAAGAUCGAGAAGCCCUGGUACGUUUCCUUUCGCUCGAAGGGAUACAGAGUAACCCGUCUAAUCGGACGACGACGUCUUAACGAGCGAUAAUAAAAUAUAUCCCAAGUGCAUAGCUUCGUUGAGCGUAGCGCAAUCGCCGUGCCAAGCGAGUCAAAGGGACGUCUCGCUUUUAAAUCCAUGCGAUUACCGAUCUAAUCACCGCUUGUGUACCUGAACGAAAUCGUCGAAGAGAUCGGAGAGAAAGAACGGAACGAUCGAGCGUCCAAGUGGGACGAAGGGAAAACGAAAGGACGCAGCGACGUACGAAAGCGUUUCGCAGGGAUAAAUAAAUUAGCGACGAGAACGAAACGUCGAGGGAUUGACGACGAACGUUGACGUUGCGAUAGAUACUAGCCGAUUUUGCGCGAGCGUAGUCGUCCUCUUUGAAGUCAUUCGACGAGGAAUUUUUAUGUUUCGCUAGAUGGUAAUUCCGCUAGACGGUAAGUAACGACGCGUUCGUUCUCUCGAGGGACCGAUCGAAACGCGCGUCGUGUAAAUAGACAGAACGUUGAUCGAUAUAUCGAACGAAUACUUUGCUAAUUCUUUACUCGCCGAACGAGUUCGGUGCGCGUGUUGGUGUGCGACGGAAGGUCUACGCUUCCGACGAAACCGAUUUGGGAACGCGUUUGAGAAUGUUGCGGAAGAGAAAUGCAACGUACCUUAAACGCGCGAAUAGAAAACGUCUGUAGAAUAGAAGGGGCGCAAGGACCAAAAGAAGAUUAUAUUUUUAAAUACUACUUGUAUCGCUUCGUCGCGAUCCUUAUGACGCUUAAAGUAUUUCGGAGAAGCAUCUCCUCGUAACAUCCCGCAUCGUGCUGUCGCGCUAUUUCCAUUUGACGUUACUAUCUUACGUUGAACGGAUCGUCACGAAAGAGGAAGAAGAAGAGGAGGAGAAAGAAGAAGAAGGGAAGAAGAACGAUACUCUCUUUACGCGUAAAUAACCAAGGGAAUUCUAAAUAGGUACCACCUACGUACGUCUUUUUCGUUACAAUCGUUCGUUUGGUGUGCGCUCGCGUACCGAAAGAGUGCCUCGGGCUUGGUUCUCCGUUCGAAAACAAGUUACGAAAACUUACGAGUUCUUCCCCCAUCCUAAAAGACUUUGAUCCAAGAUUAUCAAAUAGAAUGUGCAUCCGAGUUGCGUCUUUGCGAGUGACAACUCUGAAAGGUAACACGAAUGAGUGCAAACUCGCUGUAAAUAGGUACGAACGGUAUCCUAACCCCAGUGUUGCUCGAAGGUACUCGUGUUUCAGUACCUACUUAUAUACAAGUAUAGGUACUCUCGGCGAAACUUCCCGGAGAGGCAUAAAAAUAGGUGUACUUACUUUCGUUUCGCGUAACGAUCUCGAUGACAAAGACUCCUCGAGUACUUUUACUGGAAAAAAAAUUCGUUCCUUCGUUACACUCCUUGCCUUUACCGUUCGUACACGAUCGAUUUUAUCGUGCGAUCGAAUUUAAAAAUCAUUUUGCUCAACGCGCGCUUACCGACUAUGCUAUGAUAAACGAAGUUCAACCUAUCGUCCCCGUGUCUUCCAUCUAAUACUAUUAAAGAUAAGUCGCUUCGGGUAAUACCGUUUCGAAUAGUCGACGAGAGUGCAUCGCGGUAACGUAUCGGGUAAAAGUAACUAGUCGAGAAUAGUUCGAGGAGAUUAAGCGAGUACCCCGUGUCUUACCUAUACGUGUAUAUAUUAGAUGCGCAGUUCCUAGUACUUUAUGAAGCAGUUUGAUACGGUGCUAUUUCAAAUGUCGCACGAUUCGAUCGGAAUCAUCGCCACGUAAUGAUCUUAAUUGCGUACGUGCAUUUUCCAAAGACUCUCCAUAUUACGUGAUGUACUGUAUUACGUAAAAUUCUAUCAAUCUAAAAAAAUACCGUACCCCAUCCGGCUGCUUCCUACGAACGAUCGAUCGUUAAAGAACGAAACGAUAUAUCGCGCCGGAUCGACGACAGCCGUUUCCAAUUUGAUCGAUAUUUCCAUUCGAUCAACGUUCGUGCGAGUAUUUAUUUAAUUCGAUAUUAGUCAACACUGGAGUUUGUUAUACCUGAGAAGAAAUAAACGUAUGCCUGUGCUAUGUGUGAACCCACUCGCGUAAAGACAAAUAAUUCUUUAUGUUUACGUAAUAAAAAAAAAGAAAAGUAAGAGAACGAUAGAAAAAAAUCUAACAUUAAUUUAUUACAACAAAAUAUAUCACGAUACUACGAAGACAAAUGCGCUUAGUAUUUAUUUCGUUUUUCUUACACACAUCCCGCAACAAAUUCUACGAUAAUCGAUUUACUACCGACUUUCGGUCGAAUAGUGGUUUAACGUGCAAGUGGUACUUAGCCGUAGCCAACCUCUUUCCCUUGCACGAUCGAGUUUCGUCGCUCCGUCGCGAGAUGACGGCACCUGUAUACCCCGAUGAACCUUACCCCGAGGAUAACGCAGAGUACGCAGGAAUCGGUAUUACGUCGGUAUUAUUCACCGCGGAUACAUUGUCGAUUGUAGCGAAGAUUAUAAACGAACGAUAUAGUUGAAAACAAUUUUUCAUCCUACGAAGGAAGUAAAAAAUUGUGACUUAAGAAAUUGAUGAAUAAUUUUCGAUUAACGAUCAAACGUACGAAAUUAGUUUAGACGUACGUUAAAAGAAAAAUUUAGUAUAUUUCCUAUCUACGAGAUGGCUCGAACGUAACGACGACGACGUCACCCUCUGUCCGAUGAUAACAAAUGUGAUAAUACGUGGACGUGCGAUCGGUGUCGAAUCGGUCUCUGUGAUAUUCCUGCUUGUCUAAUAUUUUGCAACGUGAA